AUGGGGCUUUUCGACGUGGUGAAAAGUGUCUUCAAUUUCUUCUGUGGCCCUGCCGAACGUCCCCCAGAUCAGCAACACCAACCUCAACCUCAACAACACCAACACCAACACCAACACCAGCAACACCAACAGCAGCAGCAGCAACACCAGCCGAAUAAAUGGCAACAACCUGUGAGCCAUCCGGCGAAGCCGCCCGUCCAGCAUGCGUAUCCUCCUACAAGUCCCAAACCUACUAGUCCCAAACCACCAGCAAGUAGACCUCAGAAACAUGAGGACCAGAACCAACUCAACCAGCAGAAUGACUUCUAUCUUUCCCUGCGGGCACAGGCUAAUGAAGCAGGCGAUCGGAUGGCACGGUGCUUCGAGGAGAGCCAGCAGGCUUUUACCAAUGGAAGCAAAGCGAGAGCGAAAGAGCUCUCGAACGACGGCAAGAAGCACAAGGCCGACAUGGAGGAGUUGAACCGCCAAGCAAGCGAGUGGAUUUUCACCGAGAAUAACAAGGACAGCAUGCCGGGUGAAGUUGAUCUUCAUGGCCUGUAUGUGAAGGAAGCUAUCGCGUUCACGGACCGCGCCAUCCAGGAAGCAAGAUCCCGGGGCGACUCCGAGAUACAUCUGAUCGUUGGCAAAGGUUUGCACUCCCGCAGCGGCGCAAAGAUUAGGCCCGCAGUCGAAGAUCUCAUGUCCAAGCACCAACUUAAGGCUGCGUUGGACCCGGACAAUGGAGGCGUAUUGAUUGUGCAGCUCAGUGCCGGCGGCAGUGCAAGCCCUGGGCGUAACCGUGGUUGGGGAGCCGACGAAAUCUCCCGUCGUAUAGAGAAAGACGACGAGGGGUGUACUAUCAUGUAA